GACAAACCGUAUUUUUCUCUCUUCCACUAUAUUUACACACACCUCAAACACCAUUUCUUGGAUCAAAACAUUAGCAAACAGAUAAGCACCAUUAAUCUUUUCUAUAAACCAAAAUAGUAUACAUCAAACCCAAAAAAAAAAAAAAAAAACUCAUCAAUCUCCUCACAUAAAAUACCCUUUUUCCAGCCAUUUCGGAGAGGGGUAAAAUUUUCCAUUAAGAUCCAAAAAAAAAAAAAUCUUGCCCCUCCGAAAGCCUCUCCUCAACCUUAUGAAAUCAUAAACUUUACAAAACUAAUUAAAAUUAAAAUUCAAGAUUGGGGCAUGACUAGACCAAUUAUAAUACGUUCACCUCCAUCAGUACUUUCAUUAGACAAAAGGCAACCCCUUUUAUCGAGCCAUGAUACGUCGUCAUCACGCGCCGGCGUUGGCGGUGGUGGAGUUUUGAGGAAAGCGAGAUUUGCGGAGGUUGCUGGUGGUACCACGGCGGAAUGUGCGGCGGUGGCUUGUUGUUGUCCUUGUGGAAUUGUUAAUUUGCUUGUCCUCGCUGUUUAUAAGGUUCCUGCAGGGCUAUGCAGGAAAGCAUUGAGGAAGAAUCGCCGGAAUAGGUUGAUGAAAAAGGGGCUUUUGCCAGCAUCGGCGGCUAAAGGACAUUGUAGCUGUGAUGAGGUGGAGCUAAUUCAUACUUACCCUAUUUCUAGCCCUAUUGCGGUGGUUGGCGGUGGCGGAAACCUGGAAAGUGAUGAUAACGAUGCAGUGGAGCUGGAGAAGGAAAUGUGGGACAAGUUUUAUGGUGCUGGAUUUUGGAGAAGCCCCUCUCAACGAAGUGAAAUCUAACGCCGUUGGAUGAAUCAGUAAGCUGAGGUGAAACAAUGAGAAAAAUAUUAAGCCAGUGAAGAAAAGGGAGAAAUUGUUCUACUUUCUUUUUUAUCUCUUGCCAUCUUUCUUCUUUCACUCUCUUUGUAAUUAAAGUUGAUUUCAAUCCCGUAUCCACCAAGGAAUCUUUGUAAUAUAUUCUUCAAUUUCUUUGUCAUAUUUUCAUUCAAGAAUCAAA